AUGGAGAAAGAAAAAUCUCCAGAUGCAUUAUUGGUUGCCCUGAUCGUGGGUGUCACUGGCAUGGUAGGAUUUAGCUUGGCAGAAGCUCUGAAGAAGCCAACAACCCCAGGCAGGCCAUGGAAAGUGUAUGGUGUAGCAAGGCGUCCAUUGCCAAGUUGGUUUCCCUCUUCCUUGAUCGACUGUUUCAUAUCUCUCGAUGCCUUAGACCAUGCCGAUACAACAAACAAGCUCUCCCCUGUAGCCCAGGAGAUCACACACGUCUUCUGGAUUUCAAGACAACUUCGCGGUAGCGAAGAAGUAAACAUCUCCAUGAACUCCGCCAUGCUAGCCAACGUUCUUAAUGCACUCAAAUCUUCUGCUCCUUCAAGACUCAGACAUAUUACUUUGCUAAGAGGAACAAAACAAUACAUGGGUCCAAUAUUUGAUCCUUCGCUCGCAGGCAAGCUUGUUCAUCAGGAACCACCUUUCAGAGAAGACCUUGGUAGACUUCCCUACCCCAAUUUCUAUCACGCCUUGGAAGACUUAGUUGCAUCAUAUUUACCUUCUGUUACACAUUCAGUCCAUCGGUCAUCAAUAAUAAUAGGUGCAUCUUCAAGAAGUCUGAAUAACGCAUUGCUUACCCUUUCUGUUUACGCCACUAUUUGUCGACACCUAGGGUUACCAUUUCGAUACCCUGGGAACAAAUACACCUGGGAGCAUUUCUGUGACAUGUCUGAUGCAAGAGUGUUAGCUGAGCAACAGAUAUGGGCAUCAGUGACUGAUGGAGCUAAGAAUCAAGCCUUCAAUUGCACCAAUGGUGAUGUUUUUGCAUGGAAGAGUUUAUGGAAAGUCUUGUGUGAGGUCUUUGAUGUUGAAUUUGUGGCCUUUGAAGGAGAUGAGAAAUUCAAUUGGGUUGAGAUGAUGAAGGACAAGGGCAAAGUCUGGGAUGAGAUUGUUCAGAAAUCUGGACUAUUCGAGACUAAGAUGGAGGAUAUUGCUUGUUUCGAAGCACUUAAUGUGGUUUUACAUUUCGGGUUUCAACAUGUCUCUAGCAUGAACAAGAGUAGGGAAUUCGGGUUUCUAGGCCAUGCUGAUACACUCAAGAGUGUCCGAAUGUGGGUCGGAAAAUUGAGGGAGAUGAAGAUCAUACCAUGA